GUACACGACCUUGUGUUGCUUGUUUGAAUGUAUCACCAGAGAAUUAAUAAUAUUCGAAGGCAUUUUGCUGUGAGAAGAUCCAUAUGAUGAGGCAGGAUAUCCUGAGUUUAUCUUGAUCAAAUUUAAUAAGUUUGCAUAUUUGGAGCAUUCUGUUUUAUAGGGAUAAUGUCUGCUUUAAAAUUAGAAGAUCCCACGGUAGAUGUCGGUGAUAUCGAAAAAUAUCGUAUGGCUUUUUUAAUGCAGUUUUUUGUACAACAUAAACGAAGAUUUCGAUUUCCACGUCUUCGCUUACAGGACCUGUAUCAAAAAGUUUUAAAAGAUCCAGAUCCUGUUGCAUUUUGUGAUCUUGCUGCUCGUAUACUUCGGUUUUUAAAUCAUGACGAUCCGGAUAUUUGUAUGGCAACUAUUGACCAAGCACUUGAUCGUUUCGCAAUUGAUAAGCGUACUUCAUAUAGAAUUAAUAUGCAACGUCAUCGUAACGGGAAAUUGGUGCAUCAGUUGGGACCGGCAGCUAGAGCUGCAUUAUUGGAUAAUUUAAUUGAAUCAGUUUAUGAUGAACAGCCGGAUUUCAACUUUACAACAUGUUUCAAUAGUUCCAUAUCUACAAAUAGUGUUGGUGGUGGUGUUGUACGUGGUGGUGCUAAUGGUUCCGGAUCAACUGGUCUUGACCGAAUCGAUGCUCAUGAUUUAUUUGGUUCUGGAGAUUUAGGAUCGGGUGAUGGAUGUAAUGUUUUCGCUGAAACAGAAGAUGUCAAUGUACUUAUUAAAGCUGGCCAGGAUGCUCAAGGAUGUAGUUACUAUUAUAUGGAUGAUUUACGUCUUUAUCGUGAACGUCCUCAAAAUGGUAUCUCAUCACAAUGGGAUGUUGUUGUUGGUCCAACAGCUGAUCAAUGGUUAACAUUUAUUAUGUCAUUAAGUCGUAAUGAAAAGGAAUAUGAUUUAUAUUGUUUUUUAAAACAAGAUUUGUUUGAAUUAGUUAAAGAAAGUUUAGAUGCAUUAGAAUUGCACACACCAAAUAGUGAAUUGGAUUCAAAUUAUUUACGUACAAAAGAAUUGAAUGAAUUAACUGAAUUGAAACGACGUCAACUAGGUGUAAAUCAUAAAUCACUAGUUGAAAAUGAUAAAUUAUCAUUGAAUAGUAAUCAUCAUCAUCAUAAUGCAGUGAAUCAUCUUAGUGUAAAUGGUCCAAAAAGUGCAUCACCUGCAUUUUCCGGCGGUCAUGGUAUCAGUGGAAUUGGAAGUUCCGGUAGUUCCACAUCUGGUGCACCACUUACGCCUAGUUCAGCUCGUACACCAACAUCUGCACCACCUGCAUCAAGCAUACAACAACAAUUAUCAUUACCGCCUCCUUCAGAUUGUUUAGAAACUUUACAAACAUCAGUGAAAACAGAGUCUUCUUCCGGUACAAAUCUAACAAAAAUGCGAUCGUUAUCUGGUCAAUCACCUUGUGAUCCAGAUUUAAUGCAUUUCCCAAAAUCUGAGGUUAAUACUUCGCUUGAAUAUACCAACAUAUCAUCAUCUGGAUCAAUUGUCAGUUGUAAUCAUCAUGAUUCUUUUAUGAAUAAUACCACUCAUUCUGUAACUUCUUCAUCUACAAAUCAAUACAACUUACCUUCACCAUCACCUGUAGUUGGUACUGCCACCAAAUCUGGGUAUACAUCGUUAACUGGUGGCAGUAUCAAUAACAAUAUAUCGAAUAAUAAUGAAACAAUAAGAAAUUCAAAUAGUGUUGUUGAUCAAUCUAUUGUACCAAUGCAAAAUAAUAAUAGUUCAGUGGUUUGUGAAUCUAUCACAUCAUUGACUGGUACUAACACAAUGUUUACUACAACUUCUACUGCUAUAUGUACAACGACAACCAUGAGUACUACAUCUAUUACUGCUACUACGACAAAUAAUAAUAGUAAUUAUACUUCCACUGUUAGUGGUAUUCAGUUAUUGCCUUCCUCUCCUAAUAUAUCUACUAAUACUACUGCUACACCUGGUGUUGUAGUUAGUGAAUCAUUGGCAUCCUGGAGUUCACCCGGUCUUCCUAAUUCCAAUUCAAAUAUGACAUCAUCUCCAUCAUUCCAUCGUGAUCGCAAGUUACCAACAACCAAUGAUACUAUUGCCAUUUCAACACAACCACCAUCAUCUCAAGUACAACAACGAUCAAAUAAUGGAACAGUUGAUGAAAGAAACUAUCGAUCAUAUCCUUCAUCUACUCAACAAAUAUCACAAAAUCAAAUUACUGGAAAUGGCACCUCAAAACAAACAUAUCCCUUUGACUCAUAUAUGACGAUGAAAGGAUCUCCAGUUGAAAUUAUCGAUCCGAUUAAUAUAAAACAAUCCACUAAUUCAUCUUAUUUUCGACAUAUGUGUACAGGACAUCAAGAUAUUAAUUCAUGCAGUGGAUUAGAACAUUCUUCUGUUUUAUCAUCUAAUUCAAAUUCAAAACAAUGUAUUGGUCCAACUACUGCUUUAGUUUCACCGAUAAUUGGUAUUCCAGAUAGUGGUUGUAUGUCUUUAACUCAAGAACAAUGGGAGAAUCGUAAGAGUAAAAUAGCACAAUUAGAAAAAAUUCAUUCAACAUUGAGUAAAAGUAAAAGUGCUUCAACACCAGGUGCUAUAACUGCAGCAACAGCUGGUGCUGUCUUACAACAGCGUUUAAUGCGUAAUUCUAUUUCAAUGCAGCCACAACAGCCAUCCCAUCACCAUCAUCACCACCACCACCAACAACAGCUGGAACAACAGUCGUUAGGGUUAGGGAAUCCUUCAGCACAAGUACCACCUUCCGCUAUUAACAAUUCAUUACAAUAUUCUGAAGCUGUUGGACAACGUCCGGUAGAUUUUGAAAACUAUGGUGUAUUUCGUCAGAGCGGUUUAGUUGGAGGACCAUAUGUUAAUAAUGAGUCAGCUCAACAAGAAUGGGAUAGAUUAUGUUCUGAUUAUCAGCGUGGAAAAAGUGAUCCAUCGAUGAUGCGUUAUUCUGGACCUAGACAGAUGGGAUUUUUUGAUAUGUCCAACUGUGCAGUUCCUCCUCAUGAAGUUAAUCUUUCAUCUCAGUGCCCUGUCCCACCUAUGGCUACUGGAACUAUGAUGAUGCCUUCAGAACAAGUGAUGAUGACUGACCAACAAUCCUGCCAACCUCCGGCUUACCAAAGUGGCCCUCCAGUUGUAAUGGUUCCACCAAAUAAUUCAAAUAUAUGUUCUGGAAAUCCUGGUUAUCCGUCCUCUGACUCACUGACACUACCGACAGAAUCUUGCCGGACACUAGGUCCUAUCGGUGCAGCCGGUCCUGACCCAAUAACUCCCGGUUUAGUCCCAACUACUGGGCAAAAACGUCCUUACCAUUCUGCUACAAAUAGUGAUAUUUGGUUAUCACCCAACUCAAUUCCUCUUUCUAUGUCUCCUAUUCAAAAUAACGAAAAUCCUUCUCUCGUUGGUCACAUUGAACCGGGUUCAAUACCAUCUGUUUGUCGUGCUGGUCAAGCAUUAAAUGUUAUUCAAUCUCCUGUUGUUGGUUCUAUUCCUCCUACAUGUGUACCUAUCACUAAUACUAACCAAUCAGUUGGUGGGCGUGGUUCUGGCGUCACAAAGCCAGGAACAAAAAAACGUAAAGCUGGUGCUGCAUCCGGUAGAUCUAGUGUUAUUACCAAUAGUGGUAAUUAUGCACAGUCUUUAUCAUCUACACAUCAACAGUCAUCACCUACCAAUCAAAAUGUUCACUGUGUUAAACAACCAAUUCCUAAUUGUGUUACAACUCCAAAUAAACCAAUGAAUCCUUCCUAUAUUGGAGAUGAAUUACAAAUGAAUCAUUUCCCACGUUCUACACCUGGUCAUCCACGUCCUAUGCAUCAGGUACCAACAACAGGUGGUGGUCGAUCACAAUUUCAACCUACUGAUCCUUGUAUGAUGCAUUAUUCAGACGUAAUAUGUGGACCGAAUUCCGGACAAAUUCCAAUUGAACAACAAUCUGGGAAUAUGGAAAUGAUGAUGUUAGUUAAUUCUCGUCAUUCUGGUACACCAAAAAGUAGUGGUGAACCAUUUCCUAGUGGUACUGUCAGUCCAAGUGUAUCCUGUUCCAUCUCAAAUCUUGGAAGUCGUACAGGUUUGAAUUGCAAUACAAAUUAUGGUCCAAUUAGUAAUUAUGGGAACAGUGCUAAUAAACCGAUGAAUCAUCCAUAUUUCAAUUCAUCCGAUAUGAUGGGACCAAAUCCAGAUUCUAUUACUAUGAGAACAACUCCUAGUAGUACUCCAUGCACACAGCAUUUAACUUCUGCUAGUUUAGCUAGUUUAGCACGAUUAUCUCAAAUGUCUGGACCUGAAGGUCCGUACAUUCCAUCGUGUUCAGCCUCAUUUUAUAAUCCAACCAUUGGGAAUAGUCUUGGAUCAAUGCCUGGUCAUGCUGUUCACUCAAAUCGUAGUGGAUCUUUACCUUCCUUUCAUCUAGACGGAAGUCCCGUUAUACCAACGCCACCUCAAGGAGCACAUCAUAUUAUAUCUCAAGGUGCACGCAAUCAUAACUCAAGUCCUGGAAAUUGUGGCUCGAAAUCACAUUUAUGCAAUCCUAACCAAUCAUUAUCAUCGAAUAUGACUCCUAAUAAUUGUAAUUUACCUCAUUCUUUAUCAUCCCAAACUAUUCCAAUAAAUUCUAAAUUUAAUUCCCAAGGCUAUCCCCAUACAAAUCCACAGCUUCAACCAACAUUACAGCAACCACCACAAAAUCCUAUGGGCACUGUCACUAAUUGUGGCUCUUCACUUCCUUCUCCAGUUCCCAAUUUACCAACACCAUCUCAGCAACAGCCUCCUUCGAUUCAAGUAAAUAAUACAUUUUUUAAUGCACAAUUAAAUGUACAACAAAUGAAUUAUCAACAUGUUAGUGCACCUGGAUCAACUGGUCAAAUGCAAAUACAUUUUGCACAACAACAACAACCAUCAACAACACAACAUCCAAUUCCACCACCAUCAUCUCAUGAACAUUUACGUUCAGUUCGACAAUCAGAUAACAAUAAUAAUAGUACAGUUCGUAUGACAAACUCAUCAAAUGAAUAUAAUUCAAACAAUCAUCCAUUGUUAUACAAUACUGAUGGAAUUAAUCAUCAUUCUCAUCAUCAACGUAUUGUUGAUUGUCCAUCAAAAUCUGAAAUUCCUGCAGUUAUUCCGUCUAGUUCAGUAAUUACUUCAUCUGUUGUUUGUACACCUUUAGGAUCUUCAGUUGUUGGCGGAGGUAAUGCUGGUUAUGGUAAUGCAAGUAUUCAAAUUACUCCUAGAACACCACAUACAAUUCAAUAUCUUCCAACUGUUGCUCCUCAAGUUUCUAAUAAUCAAGGACCUUCAGGUAUAUCACCUGGGCCAAACCAAAUGCAAAGAUCUAAUUCUGUACGUAGUUAUCAAUAUAUGCCAUCUGAUAUAGAUAGCAAUAAUAAUAACACCUCACAUGUUACAGAUAACGCUAUUCGUCAUCCUACCUUUCAGUCAAAUCAUCAAUCCUAUGCUACUAAUCAAAAUAUUCCUGGACAAUUUUAUAAUUCAAAUCAACACCAUUAUUCAUCAUCCUCACAAUCGGUUAUUCCACAAACUUAUCCAUCUAGUCUUCAAGGUCAAAGUAAGCAUUCUCAAAUUACUGGUCAAUUUACUGCUGGGGGAAGGCAUAAUGCUAAUAACAGUAAUAAUAAUAAUUCAACAUUUGGAUGGAGUGAUACAAGUUUCGAGUCAAAUCCAUUAGGUCCAAAUUCAUUGACAGCAUCGUCAACUAACGAAACCAAUUUAAAUAGUUUUAAAUCUUCAAAUUGUAAUCAUCAAAGUCAACCCACUGAUAAUCGUUUGGGUAGAAAUAUUAAUCACCCAGUAUUACGUGAUGCUCAAAUGAAUUACUCAGCUUGUAGCAAUAAUAAUAGUAAUAAUAACAGUGAUACAUUAUCAACAUCUAUGUCUACUAAGAUGGAUCCAUCCACUGAUAUCAUAUCUCAUCAAAUGUUCGCAAAUUCAUCCGAUAUGCCAUCAGUACAACAACGUGUUCAUGUGAAUCAGCACUCACAACAAUAUCUCCGUCAAUCAACUGUCAACGAUGGUGCUAAACCUCAAUCCUACUCCUCAUCAUCUACACAACAGCCACAACAUCAUCAAACAAGUCAACUUCAUCAACAGUAUUAUCAUCAUCAUCAACAACAAAAUCAUCAAAUGAUGAUGUCUUCAUCGUCCAUGUGUGAUUAUUCCGGUAGUAAUAAUAGUGAUUGGAGUUCUACGAAUCAAGUACAGUUUUUAAUGUCGAAUUCUACGGUGAAUUCUACAAUGUAUAGUAGUCAUAGUAAUAAUAUUGUAGAUAAUAUAUCUGUUAGUGGUGCUGUUGGUAGUAUGAUGGAAAAUUCUACAAAUAUAGGACAUACUACUAAUGCUAAUAGUAAUAGUAGUAACGCAACACCUACCACUAAUAAUAGUAAUCAUAAACGUCCAUCAAUAGUAAAUCCUAUGAAUGGAGAGAUGAAACAUAAUAUUUCAUUGAAUCCCCAUUCACAACAUCAUGCCUUGCCGCCUCAUCCACAGCAAUCUCAACAAAUGAUGAUGGUCAACAACAAUAAUAAUAACGGUAGUAAUAAUAAUAGAUCAAACUGGUAUCCUCACCAAUCGAUUGGGAAUCAAAUGACGUUCACUUCAAUGUCCUCAUCAUCAGCACCAACAAAUGCAAGUCGAGAAAUGUAUUCCAGUCAAAUGCAUAAUACUAAUAAUGGUAAUAAUGCUAACUUUUCAUUAAAUACAUUACCACCGGUUACUGGUGGUGGUCAUCCAUCGGAUACAUCAUUAGGAACAAUUGGUAUGGUGGAUAAUACAAAUAAUGUUAAUAAUAAUAAUAAUAAUGGAAAUAGAAGUAUACUUAGACAAUCACAGGAUCCUUAUGAUAAUUCAUUACCUAUAUCUUCUAUAUCAUCAUCAACAUCUUCAGCACAGCCUUAUUCAUCAUCAGUUGUUUGAAGAGAAAGGAAAAAACAAACAAUUAUUAUUGAUCACUUAAUUUGAAGAAUCAUACAUUAAAAUGAAAACUUCUACUAGAAUAACAACAACAAUCAUAAUGAAUUUUGGAUCUCAUUCUUUUCUUUAAUCAAAAAUACAUCUAUCUAUAUAUAUAUAUGCAUAUUGUCUCAUAAUGAAUAAUAAUGCUAUCAACAAACUGUAUUUGAUUUGUUUCUUUUCUUUUUCUAAAACAAAUAAAAUCAACUUAUAAUUGGGAAGUAGUUGAUUGAUGUAUUCUCCAUUCUUCUAGUUUUGUUACUCUCUCGCUCUCUCCAUAUGUGUGUUCUAUCAUGGUCAUGAUCUCUAUCUCUCUCUUGAUUGUUCAUUUCCAGUUUCUUCUUCUUUGUAUAUAGAAAUACAUUUUUAACUGAUAUUGAUCAUGAAUAAGAUAAAUUGUAAGACAAAACUCAUUUGUAUUUAAUACAUACAAUAUAUUUUAAUUAAUAAUAAUUAUUAUUAUUCAUAUAAUUCUUUAUUAUGAUAAAUGAUAAGUUUUCAUUCCUUAGUCCUCUAUUCGUUUUUAUACUUUAGCAUGAAUUCUAUUUUCAUUCAUGUAUACCUUCAUUUUUAUUUCUUGACUUUAAAUUUUAAUCUUAUUUCUAUUUCAUUAUUAUUGUCAUCAUUAUUAUUGUUUUCUACUUUGUUUCCUAUACAAAAUAAUCGUUGUGCUUUUUUUUAAUGGAACGGUUGGGGGUGUGUGUGUAUAGGAUGAGGCGAUUUCCGAUAUUGAUUUCUUUUGUUUACUUUACUUCAAUAUUGUUGUCUACGAUCAUUACUUUCCUUAUUGAUAUUGGUUAAUGUUUAUAUUAAUGAGGAGAAUGUAAAAUUCUUGUAGUGUUUAUUAAUUAUACAUGUAUAUCAUCCCUCGCUCAGUUGAUUACCAACUACCACACUGUUACUCUUCUCUCUCUCUCUUCAUUUUCAUAACUGCCCUAGUUACAAAAUAAACUGAUCUAAUUAAAAGAAGUAUUGUUUCUUUUCUAGUUCCAGUAUUCAUGUACUUGUACAUGCAUGUAUGUGUUUGUUUGUUUGUUGACCAAAAUGUUAUUUGCCUUCUGAAUUUGAUGAUUUCUAUUCCUUUAAUUUUUGUCUUAUUACCUUUAUAAGAAUACUAAGGUAGAAUGAAAUCACGUAUUCCUUACAUGUGUGUACAUGUUAAAACUAGGAUUAUUAUUAUUAUUGGUAGUGUUGUCAUUGUUUUAUGCCCAGUUACUGUAUAAUACUUAUGAUACACGUGUGUGCGUGUGUCUCUAUCUCUUUCCCUCUAUCCUUUUCUUUAAUACCCAAAUAUAUAUGGACUUAUGAUUCAUUUAUUCUUUCUCCUAUUCUCCUCUCACUCUUUUUUUCUCUUUCUUGUAUUAUAUUUUUAAUCUAUAUCUACUCUUGAUUAUGCAGAAAUGAGAACGUAUCGAAUUGAUCAUUAAUUGUUUAUUCAUUUCAUUUCUUUCGAAUCGAUUUAUAGAGAUAAAUCAAUAAUUGAAUGAAUGAAUUGAUUGAUUGAUUGAUUAUUGUUAAUUUCAUUUGUUUACAUAAUCAUUAUUUUAUCAUGUUUAGAGUUUGUUGUUCGGUUUACUAUCCAUGGAUACUUUUAAUUUGAAGACAUGCAAAUAUAUAUAUAUAUAUAUACAUACAUAUUGGUUCAUUUAUACAUAUGAUACUUUAUGAAUUGUUUUAUAAACAUUCAGAACCUUUUAUUUGCCAUUGUAAUGAUAUUCUUCAUUAUUAUUAUUAUUAUUCGUAUAAUUUCGGCGUAAUUACAUUCAAACGUUUACUUCUUGAUAUUAAUUUCCCUUUUCUGAAUCAUUAAAAGUUGGCUAAUUCUCCUUUUUGUUCUCUUAACAUAAAUGAACUCAUUGUAUGUAUGUAUAAAAUAUGAUUGGAAAUGUAUGUUUAAACACAAAAAUGCCAGUAAUAAACAGGUACUUCGUAUUUCUCUUACUCAUUACAAUGAUUCUUAUUCUUUCAUCUAACAUAUAUAAUAAGUAAUAUUGAUGUUGUACACAAGCAAAUGUGUUUGUGUACACUUGAAUGAAUGAUGCAGCUGAUCAUCAUCAUCAUCACUUUUUUUUUCUCAUUCUCUGAUUCGUAAAUAGUUCAGUGUUACACACAUAUUCACGGAUUAACAUAAUCUUUCUUCAAUUAUAAAGAAGUUUAAACGGUAGUUCUUAUACGCGCACACAAUCUCUUAUAUCUAUUCUGUUGUUUUCAUUUCCUCCACUUUUCUUGCAUUCUAUCACCUUUACAUAUUUAUAUACAAAUACAAUCCAUAUUCAUAUGCACAUGCACACACACACACCACACUUUUACUUCAUUAUCAAUCUUGUUUUCAUAAAAUUUUGACAAGAGAGACAAUUUUUUUGUUAUCACAUUCUAAUACCUGUAUUAUAUAAGAAAAACGAUUAUAACAUGAUUUUGUUGUUUAAUUUUUAACUUGCCACUGAAUAUAAAUGACGGGUGUUUUUUUCUCUCUCUC